UCCAAAAUUAGAGUCAUUAAAGAAAAGGAGGUUUGCCCACGGCGACUUUGUUCUUUUGCGAACUAUACUUCUCUAGACGCUGCUGCCCGGGUGCUGGAAAACCCUAUUUGCGAGUUCUCUCCGUCGUAUCGGAAAACAUCCCUGCACCGGUCUGAAGCUUCACAAGCUUAUGCUCUCACUCACUCACAGAUUUCGGACUCUGUCCUCAUCUCUAUGUUCCAAUUCUCAUCCAUUUCGAUCGUUCCGGACGGAUGCCAGACCCUCCAGGCGGCACUCAAAGCCUGCUCCAUUCACAGUAAACAAGCCAGAACACAAGUCCGAGUGGUGGGCUGUUGAUGGCGAAAUGCAUGAAAUCGGCGACAAUGUACCCCCUCGCGAGCGAUUUAUCAUACCCAGAGAAAAUCUCCCCAAUCGGCGUCGAAAGCAGCUCAGGGAACAGUUCAUGCGUCGGACUCGCCUCGUUCUCAAGGAAUCUGAGCACGAUCCAUGGUGCAAAAAGUACAUGGAGCUUUAUCAGGAGCUAAGGGAAAACUGGGAGAGAUUGUACUGGGAUGAGGGUUAUUCCAAAAAACUUGCUAGGGAUCAUGCAAACUAUGAGUCUGCUGAGGAGGAAGAUUUUUCUCCUUAUAGGAAUAGGCAAUCCACUGAUCGGAAUAAGGAACAAGAUUUUAGGAGGAACGUGCAAGGUGGUCAUUGGGAGAAUGUCAGCCAGAUUAGAGAUAAGUUUGAAUACGAUAGAGAGAGAAGAAUGAAAGAGAGAGCAUUUGCACCUAUGCAUGGAGAUCGAACUUUUCCCUCACAGAUUCCUCGAUGGCAACGAACAGAUGUGCAGCCACAAAGAUACAUGUCCGAGAGCGAUAGUGACUGACAAAUUGACUAAAACUUUAUCUGCGUCUAUGUGAAGAAGAGGUUAGAAAUAUCCUUACAGGUCAUCUCUCCCUUUGCUGUAGUUACCCUUAUCUGCAGUUGUAGGGUGUCUUCUCCAUCUCAAGUUUAAAACAACCAGAAUCAUUUUGGUUACUUCGUUAGGUUCACCUCGAGAUCUGUGGUUGGUUUCGAUAUUGUGUUAAUAUGCUCUAUAGAGUGAACACAAAUAAACUGAACCUUUGGUACUGCUACAUACAAACGACAUAAUGAUUGAAAGAGCUUGGCAAUGGGGAGAAGCCUUUUUUGGUCUCCUUUUUAGAUCUCUGAAAGAAGGCCAAUUGAGAGAGAUUGGUGAUGGAUAUAAUAUCUAUACUUUACACACCUUGAAAUCUAGGAUUUUGUUACAAUUGAAUCCCAUGUGUGAAUUUUGCUGUUAAAGGUACUGUGAAGGAACUGAAGGGCUCAAUUGAGUGUAGUUUAAAUUGACUAGCUGGUCUUCAAAAACAACAAAUUCCUUGUACAGUGGCCUUCCUUGUUUUCCACCUUUCGAUGUUGAUUAUGAACGACAACACUUUCAAAUUUAA